AUGCCUUUGCGAUCCCAGUACCCGCCGAAAUCGUUGCCGUCGAGCCCUUUAGCACAAAGACAGUUUGUGGACACCACUGUUCCUUUUGGGAUACAGCGAAGACACUCCUAUGAUCCACACUCUUUUGAUCCCGCCACAUUAGACGUUGAAAUGUAUUCAAGAGAAAAAAGCGAAUCGAUGGGGUCACUGCCCUACCUGGGCCUCGGACGAAUGUGCUUUCAGCUGAAAUAUGACAGAACGGCAGAAAAGCUACACGUUAAAAUAAACAGCAUUGCCCAGCUGCAUCAAAGGAAUGCAACCCCCCAGAUAUUUGCGAAAAUUGUUUUGAUGCCCGACAAAAAACGAAAGCAGCAGACAAGAGUUGUUAAAGAUGUCAACCCAGAAUUUAAUGAAGAAUUCGUUUACACGGCUCCUCCAGACGACAUCUUGAAUCGAACAUUGAGGAUGACAGUUUGUACAUAUGAUAGAUUUUCAAGGCAAAGUAUCAUGGGAUAUAUAGUCUUUCCGAUAAUUGAGGCGAAGGAGGAUCUCGUUUUGGAUCAAGGCACAGAAGAAAUAUGGAGAGAAAUAACCAAAGAUGAUUUCAUACCAGGGGAUGUUAACGGGAGCAUGUUGAUUUCGCUGAUGCACUUGCCGACUGCAGGACGACUGACCGUGGUGAUCUUGAAGUGCAAGGAUUUGCGAGUACACGACGAAAUGGACUCUGGAGUAUAUGUGAAAGUGUCAAUGAUAUCAGGCGGAAAGUCAGUAAAGACAAAGAAGACGUCCGCGUUUCGGAAACGAGACAUUGCUAACCCAGUUUUCAACGAGUCUUUUCUUUUCGAUAUACCGAACGAAUACAUGGAUAAAGUGAGUUUCAUCAUGGCAGUGUGCGCAAACCCGAGGUCUGGGUCGAGUAAGAGGAUUGUUGGCAGAAUAAUGGUCGGGCCAUACAUGUACUCAAGUGGGGACGGGUUGGCCCACUGGAACGACAUGCUGCUGUCGCCAAGACAUUCAGUGGCUCACUGGCACGAACUGAUAAGAUGA